AUGAGUAUUUCGGGUGUAGGAGAAGAUAAAGAUAAUAAAGAAAAAGAAAAUGGAAAUAAUAGUAAUGGCCUGGUAUUGACGCGUCAACAGUUCACACCGAGUCCUACUAGUGAGAUUCAUCCAUUGCAUUUUACUUGGGUAUUCUGGUUUAUGCAUCGUAAUCCUGGGAGCAAAAUACUAAAUUACGAGAGUUCUAUGAAAAAGAUUGCAGCAUUUUCUUCGAUAGAGGAUUUCUGGGCGGUUUAUAGUCAUCUUCGAAGACCUCAUGAGUUACCUAAUAUUAGCGAUUAUCAUCUCUUUAAACAAGGAGUUAGACCUGUUUGGGAGGAUGAUACAAAUAUUAAUGGAGGUAAAUGGAUUGUAAGGUUAAAGAAAGGUUUGGCAAGUCGAUAUUGGGAGAGCUUGGUAAUGGCGGUAAUUGGAGACCAAUUUGAUGUUGGUACGGAAAUUUGCGGUGCGGUGCUGUCCAUCCGCAGUUCGGAGGACAUCUUGUCCCUGUGGAAUCAGUCAGCGCACGAAGGAAGAAUUAAUUUAAAAAUAAGAGAUACCAUGAAGAGGGUUUUGAAUUUACCCUCCGAAACUAUUAUGGAAUAUAAAACACACAACGAUGCUUUGAAAGAUAAUUCUAGUUUUAGGAAUACUGACGUUUUUCGAUAA